UGAUGUGGGCGGACUGAACCUCUGUGUGUGGACUUUAAUUCAUUUCCAGCCAUGGCAUCCGUUGCUAGCAGCACCUAUUUCCAGAGGACCAGCCUGUUUUGGAUGGUUGUGAUUACCCUAUCCAUGGGCUUCUUCACUUGGACAGUCUUCUGGCCCAAAAAUGUCCCUUAUCAGCAGCUCGGACCUGUAGGAUCGUUAGCGCUGUACAUGGUGGAGAAUCACUACAGUUCCUUGUAUUAUGGGUUUUGGGCAGCAUGGACGGUGCAUGUUUUGGAGGCGUCAUACAGCUUGAGACUUUGCAGCUCUAAAGGAAUCACAGACACAGGAACCCAGACACGUUGGCUCAUACAAACCUUCCUCUUUGGAAUUGCAUCUCUCUCCCUUCUACUUAAGUAUAAACCAGCGCCAGCAAAGAAACGGAGAUAAGAUUUUCAGAACAAGAAGAAAAACAAAUUAUCAGCAACUAACCUUGUCUUCCUGUGAUCAAAGUACAUUUGUCCUUUUUGUACGUCAAAGGGCAUUAAAGCAUAAUGUGUUGCAGGUCAAUUCAUGCUGCUGAACAUAUUUUACAAUAAACUCAAACAAGAUUGACACAAAAAUAUGUUUGUUAUAAAUAUAUUAAGAGAUGUAAAAGCGACAAUUUUUAUUUUCUAGGUAAAUCAAAUUAGUAUAAUCCAUGAUUUAAAGGGACAUCAUACUCAAACUUCUAUCGUGCUUUAGAAGGAGCAGCAUUUAGACCGUUUGCCUAAAAAUGUGGAUUAAAAGAUGUUUCAAUUUAAACUGAAUGACAUACUGCAGUAUCCAUUGUGUAACUACUAUUGCUCACUGGCUAAUGAGAAUUACGCCCCCCGGGGUUUAUUGGUGGAGAGAGACAUGCCUUUGCAAAACAUAACAAUAAAAAUGUGUUUAUUUAGAAUAAGAACAUAUUUAUUUUAUAAUAUCCUAUUUUAGUUUAAACACAUGACCACAGUGUCCCUUAAUGGGUGUAUGGUGGAAGGUUUCAGCUCACUUGUUCAAAGUAACAUUACAAGAUUUUAAAUGUUACAUUAAAGGGACACUAAAUCCAAUUUUUUCUUUUAUAAUUCAGAUUAAGCAUGCAAUUUUAAAAAAACUUUCUAAUUUACUCCUAUUAUCAAAUUUUCUUCGUUCUCUUGCUAUCUUUAUUUAAAAAGCAGGAAUGUAAAGCUUAGGAGCCGGACCAUGUUUUAUUCAGAACCUGGGUUACACUUGUUUAUUGGUGGCUAAAUGUAGCUACCAAUAAGCAAGCGCUAUCCAGGGUGCAGAACCUAAAAUGAGCCGGUUCCUAAACUUUAAAUUCCUGUUUUUUAAAUAAAGAUAGCUAGAGAAGAAAUAAAAAUUGAUAAUAGGAGUAAAUUAGAAAGUUGCUUACAAUUGCCUGCUCUGUCUGAAUCAUUAAAGAAAAAAAUUGGGUUUAGUGUCCCUUUAAUAUAUUGAAAAUAACAUUCAUAAAAAAAAGAAGCAACAAUCUUGAAUUAGCUUUCACUUGCUCCAUUUACUGGCUGUAUUCUCAUCCAGAAGUGCAACUUUGACUAUGGGCUAGAUUACAAAUGCACUAUUUAUCAAUCCAGCUCGUGCGCUUGAUUUUGUGGGGGUUUUGCGCACAUCGGAUACUGUGCGUAUUACAAGAUGAAAGUAUAGUAAUAAUGAAUAGUAAUGCUAGGUGAGCUCAGGAGUAUGCAUUUGGUUAUACUCAUCUGGCAACAGUGUUUGCAAGAAUCUUUAUAGCAAUAUUAUACAUAGCUACAAACACUGCUAUAGACGUGCACACUCCUAAACUUCUAUCAGCCUUCCUAGAUUUACUCUUCAACAAGAUACCAAAGAACAAAGUACAUUUUGAUAUUUUAAGUAAAUUGAAAGUUGUUCAAAAUUGAAAUGCUCUAUCUGACCUAGCCCACUGUCCGUCUGCGACUCUGCCUCUUCAUAAUAAAACCUCAUCCAUAAA